GGAGAGGAAAACAAACCCAGAGAAGAACCAGAACACGUCCAGACGGUCUGUGAUUUCCCACCGUUUCUGAAGCAUUCGAGGCGAUCAUGAGCCACGUCGACGUGAAGAACCUGAAGCUGUCCAAGUUUGAGGAGGAGCAUUACGAUGAGUAUGACUGCUACAACCUGACAGACAAAUAUGCAGAGGGUUCGGCCCGCAAAGGCAGAACCAAGAAGGAGGCUAGUGAGAACACGAACCGACAGAAUCCUGCAGGACAUGAGAGGAAAAUCGUGGAAAAGCUGCAGAACAGCGAGAAAAAGGCCAAGGAGUGAACCCUGAGGGCUGCUUGGAUGGCUUUUCCCGGUGAUGGACCACAGCCUCCUUGGCGACAGAUUGAGACAUGUGGAUGGCAGGAGUUUAUUGGAGCUCCUUUUGGGGCAGGUUUUAAAUCUUUGCAUGAUGAGGAGCCUGCAGAGCCAGGCCUUCACCUUUUUGACGCCUGCAGGUGUUCAAGUGCUGACCUUUCUGUCGACUUGCACCAGAGUCCUGGCUCAGACCACAGCGGUGCAGCUGGGAUGAUGGGGUGGCAGCUUGGAGACUUUUUUUAAUGCUCGUUUUUAAUGUUUUAUCAUUAAAAAAAAUUAAAAACA